GCUGUUCCCGUUCCCGCCCAGAGAGCCGCCCGCUCUCCCUCCCGUGAGGCGGGGCCGCCCUUUCCGCCGUGGCUUUCCGGUGAUGGCGGCGGGCGGCAGCGACCCGCGGACGGCGGACGUGGAGGAGGACGCCUCGCAGCUCGUCUUCCCCAAAGAGUUUGAAACUGCAGAAACUCUGCUGAAUUCCGAGGUGCACAUGCUGCUGGAGCACCGCAAGCAGCAGAACGAGAGCGCGGAGGAUGAGCAGGAGCUGUCAGAAGUCUUCAUGAAAACCCUGAACUACACGGCGCGCUUCAGCCGCUUCAAAAACCGCGAGACCAUCGCCAGCGUGCGCAGCUUAUUGCUGCAGAAGAAGCUCCAUAAGUUUGAACUGGCGUGUUUGGCUAACUUGUGUCCUGAGACAGCUGAGGAAGCAAAAGCUCUGAUUCCUAGCCUGGAGGGCCGGUUUGAAGAUGAAGAAUUACAACAGAUUCUCGACGACAUUCAGACUAAACGCAGCUUCCAGUAUUAAGGUUAACCCUCAGCCCCUUUAUCUGAGCACAAAAUCCUGAAGAGCUGGGCUGUUUCUCAGCCCUCUGGAUCAGUCCAGCUCCCAGCUGAGCAAGGGUAGUGGAUGCAGGGUGCUCCAGUGCUGUGUUCCCAAAGGUGCAUUCAGACUGGAGAUCAGCAUUGUCCUUUUGGUUUGUUCCGUGUAUAUGUUGGCAAGGACCCCCUGAAUUGUGAGAACAAAGAACCUGAAAGGCCUUUUCCCAGGGGCUCAAGUAUUUGUUUCUUCCCUAAUCCGUCUCCCCAGGUUAAAAAUUUUCAACGUUUUUGGUUUUUAGCAGAAAUGUGGAUGUGAUUUUGUGUUUUUUAGGAACUUCUAAAGGGUGCAGAAACUUCUUUUUGGUUCUCAGAAGGUUCAGUGAUGAGCAGCAUCAAUAUCUGGUGGUUUUUGUUUGUUUGUUUUAUUGUUUGAUUGGGAAAGUGAAUUUACACAGCUUCAAUAUUUUUCUAUUAUUGUUUAGUGUAAAUUAAAAGAUAUUUUAAAUUAAAGUUGUAUGUUUCAUAAAUA